AUGGUCUUCUUCAUCUUCACACUUCAACUCAGUCUUAGGCAUCAAAGUUGUUGUCUUGUAACUGGUGAAGGGCUUAAGGCUCUUGGUAUGGCAGUGAGUAAUGGUCUUGAAGAAUUGGCACUCAUAAACUGUGAUGUGGUUGAAAGGGAUAAAGGAUUGCUUGCAACUUUGGGUCAACUUAGGGAGAAAGAAUUGUCUGUUCCAAUCUAUGUCUCAGAAAUGGCACCUUAUAAAUACAGUGGAGGUCUAAACAUGUGUUUCCAAUUGUCAAUUACUAUUGGUAUAUUUUCAGCAAAUCUCUGCAACUACUACUUUUCAAAGUUACUGAAUGGUGAAGGAUGGCGAUUAAGCUUGGGGCUAGGUGUUGUACCUGCGACGAUUUUUGUUGUAGGCUCAUUUUGUCUUCCUGAUUCCCCAAACUCACUUGUUGCACGUGGUCAUCACGAAGCUGCAAGAAAGGAGCUUGUGAAAAUUCGCGGCACUAAUGAUGUUGAUGCAGAGUUUAAAGAAAUUAUUACUGCUAGUGAAGCCUCGGAUAAAGUGAAACACCCUUGGAGAUCAUUGUUUGAGAGACACAAGCUUCCGACAAGGUUUUUUGACAAAACCGAAUUCGGAUAUAUUCGAGACUCCGCAUUUGAACCGCGUCGUUGGAUUGCUCCUGGACAAGACUCUAUACAUACUGCUGCUUGUUAA